UUUUCGGCUAAAAAUAUUUUACAAAUCUUAUUGUAAUGAAUCUUGCGGUGAAAUAGAUGACAGAACAAGGCAACUGAACCAAACAAUAAGCAGAAAUACAGCCGCAUUACCAUAACUACGCAAAGUCCUUGAAGAUUUUUCCCAAAUCACAACUACUAUCAAACAAACCACCAACCUAAGACCUGAAACAAAUUAUUUGGAGCCUACCUUAGUUCUUUUUAGAGUGAGGGUCGGUAACAAUUGAAGCAGAAGGAACAUAGCUCAUCAGCCAUGCGACCGUAUAACAGAAAGAGUUCAGCCGAAUGGAUCAUAGACCAGUUGAAUGUAGAUAACGCGAAACUUCUAGCGUUUGUUUUAGUCAUCGGCUUCAUUGGUUAUCACGGUAUAUUGCAUCUGCGAUAUGGAACUGAUUCCUGUACUUGGUUGCUAUCAUCUGGCAGAUACAAAGGGGACCAUGAGUGGCAACCUUAUGGUUGUAUGUUACAUAAAUAUUCCAAAACAGAUGCCAGAAGAUGUCUCCGAUACCUGGCUUUUUGGGACAAGUUCAACAGUUUUGCCUUCAUUGGGGAUUCUAGGCUAGAACAGCUGUAUGAGUAUUUUAUUAGUCUACUCAAAACGCGUCUUGAUAUAGACUCGUCAUAUUCAACAGUAGAUCACCACAUGCCUAACUAUACUUAUGUAGAUCAUAAACUACGUUUGUCUGUCACAUUCAUAUGGAGUGAUGAUGUGUCAAGGACAAUGGUGGAGCAAUUUAGAACUUGGCAAGAACUAGAGAGGCCACCAUCCUUAAUAGUUGCCAGCAGUGGUUUAGAGCUGGUCAAAAAUCGUAAUAUAACCGACACUAUGCUGGAGGAAUAUAAGAGGAACCUGACUCGACUGGUGCAGCCCAUAGACUCGUUAGAGGCGAGAGGCACACAAGUAUUAUGGAAGCUACUGGAGCCAGUCGAUAGUACAAAGUUGAAACCAAAUGUUAAAAUAAGGAAUAGCGAUAUUGAUGCAUAUAACAGAGCUGCUGUAGAGAUACUCCAACACAGCGCCGCUCGAAUCUGGCGCUCCGCAGUGCUGGCGGGCAGUGGCGCAGCCGCGGGGGGCGAAGCCUUGCACGCGGGCACCCUCCGCCAUCUCUCGCAGAUGGUGUUGAACGUGUUCUGCAACGACCACAUGAACUUCAACGACGGUAGCUGCUGCGCGACACCGGAGCCCGCGACGCCGCUGCAGCUGCUGACGUUCUCGCUGCUGCUGCUGUGCGCAGUACUGACGAGCAUUCGGUGGGGAUGGAAAUGGUCUCAGGGCAUUUUCCAAAAGAUGGAAGGAUACUCCCUGGUCAACCAGAAGCCCUCCGAACCAGCUUCUCCGAUGACGGCCCUGGCUAAACUUGGACUCAUCAUGGCAUACUUCUUCCUCUGUGAUCGAACUAACUUCUUUAUGAAGGAGAACAAGUAUUACUCCGAGUGGAGUUUCUGGUUGCCGGUUGGUUACGUGUUCGCGUUGGGAUUGUUCUUUACUGAGGAUUCAAGGUCGAGUCGGGUGCUCCAUCGGGAACAAACUAAUGAAUGGAAAGGUUGGAUGCAACUAGUCAUUCUAGUUUAUCAAGUGACUGGUGCCAGCAAGGUCCUACCAAUUUACAUGCUGGUGCGAACCCUAGUUUCUGCAUAUCUCUUCUUGACAGGCUACGGACAUUUCUACUAUACAUGGAAGACUGGAGACAUGGGUCUAGUGAGAUACUUCAGGGUCAUAUUCAGACUAAACUUCCUGACAGUACUUUUAUGUUUGACUAUGAAUAGACCGUACCAGUUCUACAGUUUUAUACCCCUGGUGUCCUUUUGGUAUACACUGUUCUUUGCAAUAUUCGCUCUACCGCCUCACAUAACCUCGCUAUCAAGUCACACAGCAGACCCGUACCAAUAUGUAUAUGUGGCCCUUAAAACUACUGGUCUACUGAUCAUAGUGACAGUAUUGUAUAUGAGCGAAGUCUUCUUCCAAAAGAUCUUCGUGACUCGACCGUGGAAGGCGCUAUUUGUGAAUGCUGAUGAUGAUAUACACCAGUGGUGGUUGGAUUGGAAGCAGGAUAGAUACUCAAUGGCGUACGGCAUAAUAUUCGGUUCCGCGUACCUAGUCUCCCAAAAAUACGGGUUGCUGGACGACAGUAACCACGGCAACCUGGUGUCGAGCGGCGCGGCGGCGAGCGCGGCGGUGUGCGCCGUCACCGGCCUCGGCAGCUACGUCGCGUACACGCUGCUGUGCACCAACGUCACAGACUGCGAUGAGAUACAUAGCUACGUCACCUUCCUGCCCGUGGUGAGCUACGUAAUACUCCGCAAUGUGUCGGGCGCGUUGCGUUCGCGGCACUCGGCGCUGUUCGCGUGGGCGGGUGCGAUCACACUCGAGCUGUUUGCCAGUCAGAGCCAUAUAUGGCUAGCGGCAGACACGCAUGGAGUUUUGGUGCUGCUGCCUGGAGCACCGGUGCUGAAUUUACUCAUCACAUCCUACAUCUUCAUAUGCGCUGCGCACGAGAUUCACGCGCUAACCGCAGUGGUCCUACCGUACGCGGUCCCUGACGAUUGGAGGUUGGUCCUCAGAAACUUUGCGAUAUUCCUAGCGAUCCUAGUGCCUAUUGGCAUACACGAUGGCAUGUUCUAGUCUGGCAAUAUGUGAUAAAUAUCGGUUCUAAGUUCUGUUUGGUCCAAGAAAGAAAGUGACUGCGACGCACAAAAAUCAAAUAAAAUACCACCUUAUGACUUAGGCUAAAGGUUUUAUUUUCUACCGACAUGGGUCUGGCGACCCAUAGUGUGGUGUAGUGGUGUAGGGAAAAAUUCAACCUAUAGCCUAAUAAGUGGAAUUUUAUUUCAAUUCUUGUCGUUUGCGGUCGCUUGCCAUGUUGAUCAGAACGGUUAAAGUUCGUUAGAAGCUGAUCCAAAGCUUGACAAUUUUCUUUGUUGAUUAUUUUUUAUUCAUAAACGAUAUGAGUUCUAGUCUAUAAUAUCAUAUUCUCAAUAGACAAGGCCUGUCCUUAGUGUGUCACAUUAUUAAAACAGUAGUCCUAACUUCCUAAGUAAUCCAGGAAUUCAAUACAUUGUGUACAAUUAUCUAGUCGAUUACUAUUUUCAAAAAUACUUGUAUAUUUUCAUCCAAUUGAAAGAAGUUUUACAGUAGUUAAACGAUUCAAUUUCUUUGAUGGAUAGAUUAAGUAUAAUUAGUUAAUUGCAAUAAUAAGCAAAAGUGCUUAGUUUGCUAUUCUACAGUAUAAAUAGACUUAGUGUAGUUUUAUUAAUAAAACGAUUAAUUUAUUUUCAUAAUGAAUAUUGCAAUUUAAAUGCUUUUCUGUAACGUAAGAGCAUCUGGUUCAAUAUGACACACCUUAUUUAAUUGACAUUGUAGCACAAUAUUUUUAUAAUUCAUUCCUUCUUAGCCUAAGACUAUUUUCAUAAUGUUUACGAUAAAACUGUGAUGACAUAGGAAUUGCCUAUUAAGUGGUAAGUGCAUAAACGUUAUGUGUAAGAGCGUGGCCACAUUGUGUCGUUGUCUUGUAGUGCGUUGUCGCAACGCCAUCUAAAUGACACCGGCAAUCCCGUUGCGUUGAAAUUAGUUUGUCGCGCGAGAACCGUAAACUUUUCCGGAACUAAAAUAGGCAUGAUGAC